GCGCGCGUGCGCGUGCGCGUGCGCGUGCGCGCCCGGGCGAGGGUGACGGGGUCCCCGCCGGCCCGAGCAUCGCGCGCCUCAGCCGCGGCCCCGCAGCUCCGCCCCCGGCCCGGCUCGGCCCGGCCCCGGGCCCGCUCGCCCGCCGCCCCGCAUGGAGCUGUCAGCCAUCGGCGAGCAGGUGUUCGCGGUGGAGAGCAUCCGGAAGAAGCGCGUGCGGAAGGGUAAAGUCGAAUAUCUGGUGAAAUGGAAAGGAUGGCCUCCAAAGUACAGCACAUGGGAGCCGGAAGAGCACAUCCUGGACCCCCGCCUGGUCAUGGCCUAUGAGGAGAAGGAGGAGAGAGACCGAGCGUCGGGGUAUAGGAAGAGAGGUCCGAAACCCAAGCGGCUUCUGCUGCAGCGGCUGUACAGCAUGGACCUGCGGAGCUCGCACAAGGCCAAGGGCAAGGAGAAGCUGUGCUUCUCUCUGACGCGCCCACUCGGCAGCGGGAGCCCUGAGGGGGUGGUCAAGGCAGGGGCACCCAUGGUGGACAAGGGCCCCAUGGUGCCCGCCCUGCCCUUCCCGCUCCGCAAGCCGCGGAAGGCCCACAAGUACCUGCGGCUCUCACGCAAGAAGUUCCCGCCCCGCGGGCCCGACCUGGAGAGUCACAGCCAUCCACGGGAGCUCUUCCUGCAGGAGCCAGCAGCCCCGGACGUCCUGCAGGCGGCCAGCGAGUGGGAGCCUGCUGAGCAGCCCCCCGAGGAGGAGGAUGCAGACCUGGCCGAGGGGCCACCUCCUUGGACACCCGUGCUCCCCGCAAGUGAAGUGACAGUGACCGAUAUCACCGCCAACUCCGUCACCGUCACCUUCCGGGAGGCCCAGGCGGCUGAAGGUUUCUUCCGGGACCGCGGCGGGAAGUUCUGAGUCACCAUUUUUACUCUUCGUAAACUGUUUGCUUUUGGGCUUGGGGUGGGGACUUCCAGAGAU